AUGCCUCAGUCAUCCAGCCCGGGAUCGAGGGAGGAGGCAGGGCCAGGGAGGAAGGGGAGGGAGAGAGGGAGGGCGCAAGCCGGCCGGCCUGCCGAGCCAGGCGGAGAGCGCGCCUGGGCGCCGGGCAGGGGCGCUCGCCUCUCGCGCGCUCGCCUCGCCUCGCCUCUCCGCCAGCCGCUGCCGGUUCUCUCUCCAGCUCUCCCUGUUCCUCCGACUCCGGGCGAGCGGAGCGGGCAGCUGAACCUCCCGCGAGCUGGCGUUCGGCCUCUGGGUGCGACAAAAGCCGGCGGCAGCCGAGAGGUGCGCGCAGAGACUCCAGGCUGCGGCGCUCUUCAGCCCCACGUGGAGCGGAGCUCCGCCUGGCCGCCGCUAACAUUUGGUCCUCGGCUGGAGAGACCUGAAAAGCUGCGGGUGACUGGGAAGCCCGAGACAUCUGGAGGGUCUUCAAUGCACGUCGGGACUCAGCUGGAUCAGCAAGUGGAGAAACUCACUACCGCCUCUUCUGGUAGCUCGGGAUUCCUCAUAUCAUGGCGGCUGGAUCCCAAGCUAGAAGUUCUUGACAUCGAGGAGCAAAGAGCCAGCAUUCCAAGAGGACCAAGUGGAAGCUGAGUGGUAGUUUCUGACCUAGACUUACAGUCAGUGCAUUCCAUGGUUGAGCAGAAUCCAGGCCAAAAAUCUGACCUGGGCACCCGGUGGGGAAAUAGAAUUAGGGUACUUUUGGAGAAAGACACCUGCUCCCCAACCCUGCCAAAAGAUGCUUGUUCAAGAGGCCACCCACCUGCAUAUCCCAAUCAAUAAAGAUCAC